UGCUUCGAUUGCGGCUAUAUAUGCACACAGGAGGCGCACACUGUUUCAUUGCGCGCAAAGCCUCCAAGACUACAUGUGUGUGCUGUCCAAAGUGGCAAAGUAGGAGCUUUUAUUUAGAUACUUUGGUGUUGUGAACUUCCUUCGGCAUGGGGAGCGCACCACCUCAUGACGCGCUAUUGCCACUUGAUCCCGAGACAUUCGCCGCGGAGUCGCGCCCGGUGAUCGACUUCCUAAGUGGCUACUACCGCGACGUCGACAAAUACCCUGUCCGGUCCGCCGCCGAGCCAGGUCGCCUCCGCACGCUUCUACCAGACACGCCGCCCGAACACGGUGAUCCGGUGGACGUCAUUCUGGAGGACGUGCAGCGACACAUCGUCCCCGGACUGACACACUGGCAGAGCCCCAACUUCUUCGCCUACUUCCCGAUGAACGUGAGCACGGCCGGGUUCGCGGGCGAGAUGCUCUCCACCGGUCUCAACGUCGUGCCGUUCGCGUGGGCCGCUUCGCCGGCCGCAACCGCGCUCGAGGGCGUCGUGGUGGACUGGAUGUGCAAGCUGGUGGGCCUCCCGGACCGCUUCCUCUUCUCCGGCGGCGGCGGCGGCGUGCUGCACGGGAGCACCUGCGAGGCCGUGGUCUGCACGCUUGCGGCCGCGCGCGAUCGCGCGCUGAGCAGGCUCGGCCAUGAAGCCAUCAUGAGGCUGGUCGUCUACGCCUCGGAUCAGAGCCACUCCACAUUCCAGAAGGGCGCGAGGAUCAUCGGCAUUCCGCCGUCCAACUUCCGCGUCAUCCCCACGCUGGCGGCAUCGGGCUACGGCCUCACUGCGGGCAGUGUCCAAGGCGCGGUGGAGGCCGACGUGGCCAGUGGGCUCGUGCCGCUGUACCUGUGCGCCACCAUUGGCACUACCGGGGUAGGCGCCGUCGAUCCGGUGCGCCAGCUCGGGGAGGUGACGCGACGGCACGGCAUGUGGCUGCACGUCGACGCCGCGUACGCCGGUAGCGCGUUGAUCUGCCCCGAGUUCCAGGACUGCAUCGACGGCGCCGAGGUCGCGGACUCGGUGAGCAUGAACCCGCACAAGUGGUUCCUCACCAACAUGGACUGCUGCUGCCUGUGGGUGGCUAGCCCAGCCCUGCUCACCUCGGCACUCUCCAGCAAUCCGGAGUACCUCAAUAAUGUCAGCGAGGGAGGCGCAGAUCAGGUGGUCGACUACAAGGACUGGCAGAUCGCACUGUCGCGGCCUUUCCGUGCCAUGAAGCUGUGGGUGGUCUUGCGCCGCUACGGCGCGGCGGGCAUGCGGGCGUACAUUCGGAGGCACGUCCAGAUGGCCAAGUGGUUCGAGCGGACGGUGAGUACCGACGAGCGGUUCGAGGUGGUAACGCCGAGGAGAUUCUCCCUCGUGGCCUUCCGCCUCCGCCCACGGCACGAGGGUGACCACGCGGUGGACGCCAUGAACCGCAAGCUCCUCGUGGCGAUCAACGCGAGCGGGCGGGCCUUCAUGACGCACUUUGUGGUGGAUAACAAGUUUGUUGUCCGUAUGGCCGUGGGCGGAGCCAUGACGCAGAUGCGGCACGUCCAGGACGCGUGGGAGCUCGUCAAGGAGAAGGCCAAGGAACUAGGCGCCCUUCCAACAGAGUAAGCGAUGCAUGGCAGGUUUGGAUGAUGGAUGGUACUGACGAUGUCGGAGAUGCGAGAGAACAAUAUUUCAUAAAAGGGCUCAGUGUUUGAUUGGACGAGAAAGAGUAUGUAGUUGGGACAAAAUAAAUGAAAGGAAGACGUUUAGGGGUACCGUAAGGAGAAGUAUUUUGAAGCUAAUGUCCAAAAGAGGAGCCACGGUUGUUGACUCUUUGUGGUUGUAAAGCUAUUCUCAAAUUUUAGUCAAGGAUGUUGAAUUUGUGAUGAACCACAUAAAAGCGCAGGUAGAACGUGAUGCGGAGAAUGAAGCCAUUUCAUGAGACACUCAGGAGUCCAGAAAGCACAAGAGGAGAUCCAGGUGCUGCAGCGAGCAAAUGUGGUGGUCUCAACCAUGACAUUCACAAAUGUCCUAAUCUCGUAAGAGAUUGAUCUACAAGCAUGCAAGAGAGAUUCAGUUUGGCUGCCCAAGAUGGCACAUUUGACGUGCUUCUCCUUGGAGAAGUUGGCCAAAGCAAAGAAUAGUAGAAGAAAAUGAUCUUGAAAAUGGUUUUGCUUUCCUAUAUAUAUACCCACCAGAAGUUUGGUUACACAUUCUAUUUCGUCUAGUGAUUGGUUUGUUCUGUAAAGAUACGAGUGCUAAAGUGGUAAUGCAUGUAAAGAUACGAGUGCUAAAGUGGUAAUGCUACUGGUUCAGAAAUAUUGACCGGCAUUGACA